AUGCCUUCGAAGUUUGACAUAGAACCGUCCACACUAUCAAGUCUGCACGAUCCCAAGUCCUUGCGGGUUCUUCAGAGGGAGUGUGGUGGUAUCGAUGCCCUAGUCGAUAGUCUAGCCUCCAACGAGUCGCUAGGGUUAGACCCUCUUCUCCCAGAUGAAGAUGAAAGAAUCGAGAGAUACGGAGAGAACAUACUGCCACUCAAAAAGACAGCCUCCUUGUUGAGGCUGCUCUUCGAAGCAUUCAAAGACAAAAUUCUGAUUCUCUUAUCUGUGGCUGCUGUGAUCUCACUGGCAUUAGGUCUAUAUGAAACUUUCGGGCAAGACCCUGAACAUGAUGCUGAAGGGAGAGAGAUCCCCAAAGUGGAAUGGAUUGAAGGAGUAGCAAUCAUCGUUGCUAUUGCUGUGGUUGUGGUUGUUUCUGCUCUCAACGAUUGGCAAAAAGAGCGCCAGUUUUCCAAAUUGAAUGCGAUGAAAGACGAAAGGGAAGUCGUUGUGUUCCGAGGUGGUGCCAAGACAGUCAUUUCAAUUUACGAUGUACUUGUGGGUGACAUCUUAUCGGUGGAAACUGGUGACGUCGUUCCUGUCGACUGUGUUUUAAUUCAUGGAUCCUGCGAGACCGAUGAAUCUGCGUUAACAGGUGAAACUCAUACUAUCAGAAAGGUUGCUGCAGACCAGGCCUUGAAAUGGUAUAACGAAAACAUCCCUGAAGAUUCUGAAAUUGAUAUUGGUGAUCAGAAACAUAUACCAGACCCCUUCUUGCUAUCUGGUUCUAAACUGUUAUCAGGGAUGGGUAGAGCUCUAGUUACCUCGGUUGGUCCGAACUCCAUACAUGGUAAAAUUUUGGCCUCUUUGCAAGUCGAUACCGAAGAAACUCCGUUGCAAAUGCGUCUAUCCAACCUAGCUGACGGUAUUUCAAAGUUUGGUUUCCUCGCUGCUCUGAUUUUGUUUAUCAUUUUGUUGAUCAAGUUUUUGGCUAAUCUGGCUCCAGGAAGACGAUUCCAUGAUAUCUCUGCUGCUCUGAAGGGAUCGCACGUCGUGGAUAUUUUGAUCACCGCUAUAACUGUGAUUGUUGUGGCAGUUCCUGAAGGUUUACCACUUGCUGUGACUCUGGCCUUGGCCUUUGCUACUACUAGAAUGGCCAAAGAUUACAACUUAGUAAGGGUUUUGCGCUCUUGUGAAACAAUGGGUACUGCUACAGCUAUUUGUUCCGAUAAAACUGGAACCUUGACUGAAAAUAGAAUGCGUGUGGUUAGAGGAUUGAUGGGUAAUAUCUCUUUUGAUUCCUUAGAAGGAUGUCACAAGGAAGUUUCUCAACUUUCUGACAAGCUGUCAAAAAAUAUAAAAACCAACAUUCUGAUUAAUUCUACUGCUUUCGAAAACGUGCACGAGGACGGUGAUGUUGCAACUCUUACCAGCCAUUCAACCCUUCGCCAUCAAUCCUUUUGGUCCAAACUUCCUUUCUUCAAAAAGAAGCCUAACUUUGGAAUGUUUGGAUCUUCUGAGCACUUCAUUGGUUCCAAGACUGAAUGUGCUAUGUUGUUAUUUGCUAAAGAUGAUCUUCGUGCAUUGGAUGAUUGUUCUUUAGAAGUUAUUCGUCAAAUGCAAGAACCAUCAAUUGUUCAAGUCAUACCUUUUGACAGUGCCCGCAAAUGGAGUGGAGUUGUUGUGAAACAAAAAGAAGGAUUAUACACUUUCUACAUCAAAGGUGCCUCUGAAAUUGUACUUUCUCGAUGUGUAUCUAGAUGUACUGUUGAUGGAACAGUUACGAGGAUUUCCACCAGCAUUAAGUCAUCUUUGGAAUCAUUAAUCACAGACUAUGCUUCUGACGCUUUGAGAACGAUCUCUUUGGCUCACAGAGAUUUUGAGGUUACCAAUUGGCCACCUCAAAAGUAUGUCACCGUUGACGAAACAGUUGCCGAUCCUGAUUUACUCUUUGGUGACGUCGUUGAUGACUCUUCGAGAAAUUUUGCUUCUAAUGGAAAAACAGAUACUGUCCCUGCCAUUGUCAUACAAAAUGACGAGUCUUCAUCUUCUGACUCAGGGCUUACACUUGACGGUAUUGUUGGUAUUCAAGAUCCUUUAAGACCUGGUGUACCUGAGGCUGUCCUUCAAUGUAAAAAGGCAGGAGUUACGGUGAGAAUGGUCACUGGUGACAAUUUGAUUACGGCGAAGGCGAUUUCAUCCAACUGUAACAUUCUUCCUAAAAAUAGGUUAGAUGACCCCACUGCAGUUAUGGAAGGUCCAGCGUUCCGAAAGCUUUCUGUAGCAGAGCGUCACGCAAUCGUUCCAUCUCUCUGCGUGCUAGCUCGAUCCUCACCUGAUGAUAAAAGGUUAUUAGUGGAGACUUUGAAGGACCAACGUGAAGUUGUUGCGGUUACUGGUGAUGGUACUAAUGACGCUCCAGCCUUGAAAUUGGCAGAUGUUGGUUUUUCUAUGGGACGCUCUGGAACAGAAGUUGCUCGUGAAGCAUCUGACAUCAUUUUGAUGACCGAUGAUUUUACUGCCAUUGUGAAUGCCAUUAAGUGGGGAAGAACUGUGUCUACGUCUAUUCGAAAGUUUAUCCAGUUCCAGCUGACUGUUAACGUUACUGCUGUGGUGCUAACUUUUGUUUCUGCCGUUGUUUCUGAAGAAGGUAAGUCCGUUCUUACUGCGGUUCAGUUGCUGUGGGUCAACCUGAUUAUGGAUACUUUGGCAGCUUUAGCGUUGGCCACUGACAAGCCUGAUGAUAGCUUCCUGGAUCAAAAGCCAGCUGGAAGACAUGCUCCAUUGAUCUCAGUUUCUAUGUGGAAGAUGAUUAUUGGCCAAUCGACAUUGCAACUGAUUAUCACUUUCACAAUAUAUUUUGCAGGGGAGAGAAUAUUCUUCGAUUCGGAACCAACUGAUCACCAAGUUUCGCAAAUUCAUGCCUUAACUUUCAACACUUUUGUCUGGCUACAAUUUUUCAAACUUUGGGUAACACGGAAGUUAGAUGAAGCUGACGAUUUGACUACUGUGAGGAGUAGGAUUACUGCGAGAAAUCUUAAUUUCUUUCAACAUUUCUUCAGGAAUUGGUACUUUUUGUCCAUUGCUGCUAUAAUAGGUGGUUUACAGAUUUUAAUUAUGUUCGUUGGUGGUGCAGCAUUUUCGGUUACUCGUCAAACGGGUGCUCAAUGGGCUACAGCUUUGAUAUGCGGAGCACUGGCUUUGCCGUGGGGUAUUCUCAUUAGAAUUAUUCCCGACGUCUGGGUUGUAAAAUUAUUCCCCACAAGAGCAUUCCACUUUUUAGUCCGGAUUAUAUCACUAGGGAUGUUUAACCUAGGUAAGAAUAAACGACAAGAACCACUUUCUUUCGGAGGCCAAAACACGGAACUACAGUACCUUUCUCCAUUCGAAAGAGCCAAGGAUGGACUAUCUAAAUUAUCUCUGGGAUCGCAUGAGUCUUUACCAUUGAAUCCUUUCAAAUGGAGAUCAAGAUCCAGUUCAUCAGCUAACUCUACAUUGAUCAAUUUGUCUUCAAGAGGAAGCAGCGCCAGUGAUAUUGAACAUACUACAGCCACAGGAUUGGCCACAAUGGUGCCCACUGUGGUAGGUGGAGCUGUUGCCGGCUGGCAUCCCGAUGUGUGGAAGGCAAGCCCCAAAGAAAGCUUUAGAGAGGAUGAAAACGAAAUUAGUGAUUCAUCCAGGUAG